AUUUUAUCGCUAUGGCUAAUAUGACUUUUGGGUUUUUGUUGUAGCGUUUCUCAGCUGAAAUGAACUCAACACAGUCUUAGGAUUUCUGAACCUCGAUUUGCCGCAGAUACUUCCUCUUGAGGAAUUGGGAAUGAAUGGAGAUGACAAUCUCAGCAACAAGCAAUUCCUGCAUGAUUAGAUUCAGUGGCAUUCUCCAGAAAGGAUUAGUAUCACCAUCUCCCAGGAGAAAGUAUGGAAAAGGAUUUUUAAGAAAUCUUUCCAUAUGUGCCUCACCAUCAAUAUCUUCUACAAUUGACCCUAUCAUUGUUCAGUCCCCCUCAUUUACAGUACUUGCCUCCCAAGUUUCAGUCUCUGAUGUGCCACAACGUUCAGAUGAGUGGUUUGCCCUUAGAAGGGACAAGCUGACUACAAGCACAUUCAGUACUGCAUUGGGGUUUUGGAAAGGGAGCCGUCGCGUUGAGUUGUGGCACGAGAAAGUGUUUGCGUUAGAGGCACAAAUCACGGAAGCUUCUCAAAGAAAUGCAAUGUCAUGGGGAAUGCUCAAUGAAGCAGCAGCUAUAGAUCAGUAUAAAAAAAUCACAGGUAGUGAGGUGAGCUUUAUGGGGUUUGCGGUUCAUUCGAACGAGCGUUAUGGUUGGCUUGGUGCUUCCCCUGACGGUCUUCUUGGGUGCUUCCCAGAAGGUGGGAUAUUGGAAGUCAAGUGUCCUUAUAACAAGGGCAAGCCUGAGACAGGUUUGCCAUGGUCAACCAUGCCUUUCUAUUACAUGCCUCAGGUGCAGGGCCAAAUGGAGAUAUUGGACUGUGAAUGGGUUGAUUUGUAUUGCUGGACACCAAAUGGUAGCACUAUAUUUCGUGUGGUCAGGGAACGUGCUUAUUGGGACUUGUUACAUGGGAUUUUGAGAGAGUUUUGGUGGGAAAAUGUGAUUCCGGCUAGGGAAGCUCUGGUAUUGGGAUGUGAAGAACAGGUGAACUCGUUUAAGCCUUCAUUUAGACACGAGAAGACAGGUUUAGCAAUUGCUAAAAGCAUUAAGUUAGCUAGUCAAACAAAGCUAUUAUGCAGAGAAACUGCAGGUCAUGUUGAAUUUUUUAGCUGAUUGGAGUUCACAAGUUGUAGGUUAAGCAACUGAUUCAACAUUGUAAUAUUGAUUCUGUAUAACAUUUUCAUGUCCAAUUAUGUGUUAUUUGCUUGAAAAAAAUGUUAAAA